CUAAUGUGGAUAAAUUCAACGAUGGGACUAAAUUCUUACUCAGUGGUUGCCGGUCUUGCUAAUUUCAUGGCAACAGACGAAGCGGCUAACUACAUGACAUCUUGCUUGUCCAUACUAUCGUUCGUAUGGAUGAUGGACGCUACAGAAUCUCUUGAUGCUCUGCUCGACUACAUGUCCAGUAGAAUUUACAUUUUUCAAACAACCUCGCAAGAAGAUAGCUACGAUGACUGGGGCACCCAGGUUAAGUUAUUUUUCUUUGCUGCUGGGGUCUAUGUUAUCAUUGCUAGAGUCACGUUGUUUCCAUCAUCAUUUCGCCAACCCGUAGCACCCUUUCUUUGUCUGUACGAGCUACUGGCAACCAUGUUCAUAAUUGAAUUCUCUCUGGCUUGUAUCUGGAGUCCCAUCGACGCACUUUUGUUGAAUGUCUUUCCUAAAAGGAUUUGUCACAUCCUGAAAGAAUCCGAACAAAUAGAAGUAGCUGACGCGAUCAUCAAAUAUGAACUACCGAUGGCUCUGACGUACUUGGUGUCGUUUGGUUUUUUUUUAAUGACACUCCAUAUCACAGAAGCAGUUGACUUUUCUAUUUAUAAGUAA